AUGAAACUACCAAAAGGUUCCGAUGGUAUUCAUGAUCAAUGGGUUAUACAGAUAAGUCGAGCCCUAGAAAAAGAAGGCCUCAAAGAGGACGACGAUAAUGAAGAUGUUCCUAUAACUACCAUCUUCACCGUUCCUACAACCCUAAUGUCUAUCAAACCAGAAACAUACACUCCACAACUCGUAGCCCUUGGCCCAUACCAUCACCAGCGGCCUCAACUCUUGGAGAUGGAGCGCUGCAAACUGGAUUCAGCUAAAAGAAUGCAGAAGAACUUCAAACAAAUCAAAUUCCGCGGCUUGGUUAGCCACAUUGCAGAAAGGGAUUCCGUCAUCAGAGCUUGCUACCAUCGACGUUUCUUGGAAUUCGACCAAGAAACACUCGCAUGGAUAUUUGCCAUCGAUUCUUCCUUCUUGUUGGACUGUCUCCAAACCUACUUUUCAGAAGCUGAAGACUCACAUAUGGAGAUCUCGUCUAAUAUGAGUAAUCAAAACAACUGCACGCGGAGGAAAAACGCACACCGUACUCAUGUACUCAAGGAUGUUAUCAUGAUGGAAAACCAAAUACCUCUCUUUUUGCUCAGAGAAGUCCACGGUUUUUUUGAGCAUGAAGAUCAGGACGCAGUAUUGACCUCCAUGCUAUUGGGAGUUUGCAAGUAUCUAUCACCCAUCAAGUACAUCAAUCAUCAACAUUUUACGGAAGAAUGUUUCACGAGAGCCCAUUUGCUAGAUCUUCUCUACUACAUGAUUGUGCCCAAAUUGACACUCGUAGCUGAUUUUGAUCAGCAGGAGAAGAUGGAAGAUCGGGAUGAAGAGAUUGGCUGGUUUAGAAAAGCGAUGAAAUCAAUCUUGAUAGCGGUAUGUUUUCUUAUAUUCGCCCCGCUUCGCAUUCUCAAGAGAAUUUUCCAGUCAAAAGUUGUUAAACGUUUAGCUACAUGGCAACUUGCAAUACUCUCACGGAUACUGGGUCGUGCAAAGAAUAGUACUGUAACCAAUAUACUAUCUUCCACAGAGAAUGUGGCAGAAAAAUUUAUUAGCGACGAAAGUCCUUCAGUCGACGAGAUUGCAAUCCCAAGUGUGACACAACUUCAUAAAAUUGGUGUCAAAUUUCGUCCAGUCAAGGCGGGUGGCUUGAGAACCAUAAACUUCGACAAGUCUUCUGGGACAUUUUACCUUCCAAUUAUUCACUUAGAUGAUAACUCCGAUGUUGUGCUAAGGAACCUCGUGGCUUAUGAGGCAUGUAUUGCACCAGAGGAGAUGGUUUUUACACGUUACACAGAGUUUAUGAAUGGAAUAAUUGAUACAGAAGAAGAUGUGAGGAUUCUUCGGGAGGCAGGGAUCAUCUUGAACCGACUCAAAAGCGAUGCAGAAGUGGCAACCCUUUGGAAUGGGAUGACAAAAUCUGUGAGAGUAACGAAAGUUCCGAUUCUUGACAAGCCUAUUGAAGAUGCUAAUACCUAUUAUUCCAAAAGUUGGAAAGUGAGGAUCAACAUGAACAUGAAGAACUUUAUCCUCUCUUCCUGGCCAUGUCUUACGUUUCUGGCAGCUACUAUACUGAUAUUGCUGUUUAUUGUGGAAACUGCUUGUAAUUCUUCGUACGAUUGCUCCAAAUUGUUGGCGGCCCUAUAA